AUGUUUGCUGGCUGCUAUCUGCUACAGUUGUAUUCAGACAUCAAGAGCGCCUUAGUGAUAGCUGAAACUGGCAGCAGAAAUAAUGUACACAAACAAUACGACAAUAUUACAUUCGCUAAGUGGACUGUGAUUACCGGCACAAAAUACUCUUCAGCUAUAAUACCUUUAACAAACCCAUCGACCUUUAUCUGGCAUUCAAGCUCAAAGAUUGCCGUUUAUAUACUGGAAAACACUGGCACGGCAGUUUAUGGAGGACCAGCUAUACCUAUAAAUGAUCAACCAGGUGAGUUUGGCUGUGUGGUGAUUCCUGGACAGAUUGAAGUCGGAAAUGAUCGUCUUAGUUGGGCUGAGGCCCUGGCCCCCUGCACGAGUCUUCAAAAACAACUUGCCUGUCUUACAAGUGAAGACAUUCAGAUGAAUUUGGCCAAUACGGUUAACACAACAGAGGAUGAGGAGGCUUGGAUUGGACUACGUCCUAGUUUUAUGACUACAGACUGGUACUGGCAAAGGCAAACACCAUCAACAACAUCAUUACCAUCACCAUCAUCAGAUUUCUUUCAUUGGGCUGAUGGGCAGCCACUGGACAGUUUUAUGGGCCUUUGUGCUUCAUUGUCAUUGGUUCGUGAAGAUGAAUUCAAAUGGAAAAGUGCAAAAUGCUGUGAGAAAAAGCGUCCUGUCUGCUACAAAUCCCCAAUAUACCUUAAUCCUUUAUAUCCGGUUGAUCCAGUAAACAUUCCUUAGGUUCCCAUGUAUGUUAAAAGUACCACAAAUAUAUCCUGGUGUAAUGUUGUUUUAGCUAGUAAAAAACAUGGUAGUCUAUGAUGGGAGAUACUAAAAAAGGAACGUAGUCCAUUUUUAAUCUUGUAAAAUUAUCAUCAUAGUGUUUAUGGAGGAAGUACAUUUGUAAUCCAUGUUCAUAGGUUCCAGGUAGCUUUACAUAGCGUUUGAAUUAGCAUCAAAAAAUAUAAAUAAUGGGUCUUAUUAGCGUGAAAUGAAAAAUCUCAAUAAUCUUUUGAUUGAAUAUGAAAUAUGUGUUUAUAAUCAAGGAUGUUUGGUGAUUUAGUACCUAGGUUUAAACAUAAGUUUUCUAUUGGUGAACAUGGUUGACUGUCAUCAGUUCUUAAGAGUUUUUUUCCUUACUGGGAACUUUAAUCAAGGUAUGAUUCUGUAAAGUUGCUUUAAACAAUACAUAUGGUGAAAAGUGCUAUGCAA